AUCAAUACAUUCAUAGCUCCGCUCAGAAUCUGAAAUUAAAUAAAUCACAACUAAAUUAUUGAAAUACGAUUUAUAGAUUUAUGACACGAACCACUAUUAUCGCCAUAUUUUACUUAUUCAUGUCCACCACUAUAUCCUGUGUAAGAGUAAAGUACUUUAGGUACUUGACACUUGUAUAGUUGUACACAAUUUAGUUAUAGUAAGAUUCAUUAUGAAUUAUCCAAUGAUAAGGUGUGGUAUUAACUAUAUAAACAAUUUAUCAAAAAAAAAGACUUGGAAAGACAAUAGUAGUUUCGUUUUUUUUUUAUAAGUACAUUAUGUAUAGGUAUAUCCACAAUCGUGUCUAUACUACAACACGAUAAAUAACUUUUAAAUCUAUAGUGAUUACAUUGUUAAUUAUAUCAAUUUAGUGUUCGUUGUUUACUAUUUUAAUACCCAGCAGAUUCUAUGUAGGUAAGUUUUAUGACUCUAUGACUUAAGUGUCCAAUUAAAUAUGAAGUACCUACCCCCCUAAACAUAUAUAUAAAUUAAUGUAUGAUUUCAGUUGGUUAGUUAUACUAUAAUAAUGGACAUAUUUACAACAUUAACUAUAAUUUUGGUAGUGUCCGUGUAAAUUUCUAUAUCAUAGGUACAUAUCCUGCAGAUUGGUAUUAGUAAUUUAAUUUAAUUAGUAACACCAAAAUAUUCAUUACAAUUAUUGUGAUCAUAACUUAAUCACAUCUUUUAAUUACAUACAUUUAUUGUCGACUUCAGAGAAACGGCAUUAUGAUCAUCAAGUUACCUUCAAAACGAUGCAGCUUUCUUAUUGGACUAGUGAUAUUGAUGACCACCGCAGUGUUGUUCAUAUUUUAUUCGCUGAACAUAGUCAAAAAUGAAAUCCGGGAUCCUGAAUUUCCUGAACCACCGUCAAGUUUGCCGAUGGGAGUGUACAGUAAGGUCGGCGUUGUGUCUAAUGGUGGACCCUGCUCUCAAAUCGGAGUGGAUGUGAUGGCUAGGGGCGGGAAUGCCAUAGACGCAGCUAUAGCUACAUUAUUAUGCGACGGUGCCGUUUGUCCACAACAAAUGGGUAUUGGUGGAGGGUUUAUAAUGAGUAUUUACAACGCAACGACCAAAAAAGUAACGUCAAUUAACGCACGUGAAACAGCUCCAGCCGCUGCAAAUACUUACAUGUUUGUAAAUGAACCCAUAAAAAGCAUGUACGGAGGACUGGCGGUUGCGAUUCCAGGGGCCCUUAAAGGCUACUCAACGAUAUAUAACUUAUACGGUGGCGGCGUACGAUGGGAAACGUUGUUUGAUCCAACCAUAAAACUAUGUGAAGAGGGUAUAACGGUCAGUAACCAUCUAGAUACUAGCUUGAAGUUUGACGAAAAUUUGAUAAAUAAUGACUCAAUGCUCAGAAACAUUUUUAUCGAUGAAAACAGUGGAUACUUGAAAAAAGCUGGGGAUACAUACAAGCUACCGAAGUUAGCAGAAACCCUGAAAAUCAUUGCAAUAGAAGGUGUAAAAGCCAUAUAUAACGGAUCGUUAACAUCUAAUUUAAUACACGAUUUGAGGAAAGUCAAUGGUAUUAUCACAAAUAAAGAUUUGGCGGAUUAUAAGGUUGAAAUCGAAGAAUCUUUUUCAGUAAAUUUAACAAGUGGACAUACAAUACAUAUGGGUCCACCACCUGGUUCUGGUAUAAUAUUAGCUUAUAUUCUCCGUAUUUUGGACGGCAUUCUACCGGCGCCUGAUGUUGGUUUAGCCGCACAUCGGUUAGUAGAAGCUUUUAAAUUUGGGUAUGGUGAACGAUCCCAUUUAGGAGACCACCAAUUCGUGAACGUAUCUCAAAUUUACAAUAAAGUAAACUCGGAUAGUUACAUUAAGAGUAUCAGAGAUAAGAUUCUUGAUAAUUUUACAUCUUUAGAUCCGAGAUAUUAUGGUGGUGAUUUUUUUACACCAGAAGACCAUGGAACGGCUAACAUAGUCGUAACCGAUUCGAUGGGAAACACUGUCGUAUGUACCAGUACAGUAAAUACAUUUUUUGGAAGUGGUUUCAUGUCACCUAGCACUGGCAUCAUUCUGAACAAUCAAAUGAACGAUUUUUCUACUCCUGGAGUUACCAAUUUUUACGGAAUCCCAUCGUCACCAGCCAAUUACAUAAAACCAGGAAAACGGCCAAUGUCUUCAAUGUGCCCGACUAUAUUUACCGACACAAAUGGCGACUUUGUUCUUGGAGCGGGAGCAGCUGGAGGAUCUAAAAUCACUCUUACUACGGCUUACAUGGCUGCCCAUAAAUUAUGGUAUAAUAAUACACUGAAAGAGGUAUUGGACAAACCUAGAAUAUACCACCAACUUGUACCUAUGGAAAUUCAAUAUGAAUACCGAACAACUAAGAACGUUGUACAAAAACUUAAAGACAUCGGACAUCCAGUGACUAGGAUGAAUAAUUAUACUCAAAGUUCAGCAGCAUCGGCUAUUAGUAGAUCCCCUACAGGAAUGAUCGAGGCCAUGUCAGAUUUCCGGCGGCCAGGAAAUACUUCAGGAUAUUAAUAUGAUUAUGAAUAUUAAUUGAUUACUUUCAAUAUUGUUUUAGUUUAUUCUAAAAGUUUAAUCUCAAAUCAUA